GGUUUCACAAUUAAGGCCACACGAAUAUGAAGCUCUUCCUUCUUCACGGUUUGACAGAAGGAUAAGGUGAGCAGCAAGCAACCAGCAAUACGAGUUCAACCUGUGGGUGACAGAGAUGCUCACCCUCACAGCCAGCCCUGCAUUAGUGCCUGCAAAACGCAGAGCCCAUGUGAAACUCUUUACAGUUCAGGGUAGCAAUUUCCCUUCUUUUCUACCCAAAGAGGUUGAGAAUAUCAAAGACCCUUUUGCAAGAAGGCUUGCUACCAGAAUUGAGAGGCUGCCAGUAAGCGUGGGGUUUGCAGACAGAAGCAUCAUGAGUAGUUGUGUGAAGCCUUUGAUACAGAGUGAGGGAAGUCCAGUGGUUCUCCUCCAUGGUUUUGACAGUUCCUGUUUAGAAUGGAGAUACACAUUUCCACUGCUAGAGGAGGCUGGUAUAGAGACUUGGGCUGUCGAUGUUCUUGGUUGGGGUUUCUCUGAUUUGGAGAGACUUCCAUCAUGUGAUGUUGCAUCUAAGCGUGAUCACUUGUAUCAGCUCUGGAAAUCCUAUAUCAGAAGACCCAUCAUAUUGAUUGGACCAAGCCUUGGUGCUGCCGUUGCAAUUGACUUUGCUGUCAAUCAUCCUGAAGCAGUAGAAAAGUUGGUGUUGAUUGACGCGAGUGUAUAUGCUGAAGACACAGGGAACCUUGCAAAGUUACCUAGAGCUAUAGCAUAUGCUGGGGUUUAUCUACUGAAGAGCACCCCCUUGCGCUUAUAUGUUAAUCUUAUCGCAUUCAAUAGUCUACCAUUAAACACCAGCAUAGACUGGAUGAACGUGGGCAGAUUGCAUUGUCUAUAUCCUUGGUGGGAGGAUGCAACUGUAAAUUUUAUGAAUUGUGGUGGUUAUAAUGUCAGUGCCCAGAUAAAAAAGGUCAAGCAGAAGACCCUUAUCAUUUGGGGUGAGGAUGAUCAAAUCAUUAGCAACAAGCUGGCCGUGAGGUUGCACUGUGAACUGCCAGAUGCUAUCAUACGCCAAAUUCCAGAUUGUGGCCACAUUCCUCAUGUGGAAAAGCCCAACUCUGUUGCCAAUUUGAUUCUGGAUUUUUUGGGAGAAGAUAGCAAUAAAGAAGCUCAAAUUGUUUCUCAGUUAUGCUCCAGGACAAAUAAAUCAUGAACAGAAGAGCCAGUUUUUUGGAGGACAAGGCAAACUUUACUUCAGCCAUGUCCAUGUAGUAAAAUAUAACACGAUAGGCACGGAUGGAAAAGCUACCCCCAUCUCUGCUACAAAUUGCAUGAGCAAAAACUACUACGCGGAACCACUCAUUUGAUAUGGAUGGCUCAUACAAUUUUGUGAUGUUACACGUCCAGGAUGCUGCUAGUAAUUUCGCACUGCUUCCUUUAUACUGGCCUGGCAUCAUCGACAAAACUUAUGUGAAAAUCAUUGAUCCAGCUAAAAAUAUCAUCGUCAAGAAACAUACUGUGAUGCGUCUCCGAGUUGGUAGGCGGCUCAAAUGUCGUGCUCUCUCCUACGACAUUGAUUGUCGAAUUUCUUGGCUAGCAAAGUUGCAAAUUCUUCUUCGUUAUACAUUUUGACACCACCCCCCGCUAAAAUCUACACCAUAGUUUUUAUUAAGCAAAGCCUGUUCUAGCAGUAGUUCACAAGGAAAUUCCUUCCCAAUCUAUACCAUAGUUUUUAUUAAGCAAAGCCUGCUCUACCAGUAGUUCACAAGGAAAUUCCUUCCCGUAUACCGACCAAUGUAAAAGCCUCCCCACCCAAUGACCAUGAUAGCAUUGCCCAGAGAAAACAAAAAUGAUGCCAUUGAUGGU